AUGAAAUCUCCAUACAGCCAGGCUCUACGGACCCUUGCUCCAGCUACGGACAUUGGCUCCCUGGCCAUUAAUCCUGCCAUUAAUCCUGUUCAAGACACUGUCGUCAAACCAAUCCGAAAAAGAACAAAUGCCUGUGAAGCAUGCAAGAAGAGGAAAUCAAGAUGUCUAGGAGAGCUUCCGUGUGAUAGAUGUCUUCAGACAGGCACAGAAUGUCAUUUCAUGGAAGAAUCUGAUAGACGAAGAAAGCUUGCACUGCGCCGUAUCGAACAGGAACUGAGUUCAGCCUACUUCUUACUUGAUCAAAUCAAAGCGGCUUAUGAAGCAAGUAACGAGAUAGAGCUCGAGAGACUUAUUAGGAUAUCGAAAGAUAAGUCGGCUUUGACUCCAAGGAUUGAAUAUCAAAGGCGUCAGAAACUGCAGUUAGUCAAAGAACUAUCCACUAAGUUCCGUCCGGAGGUCUCUGCUUACAUAGCGAAUUCAUUAAAGCCUCUUACAUCGAGAUCCCAUGCUUUAGAAGAGCCUCAAAGAUGUCGUUCUCUUUCAUCCUCUUCGUCAACGGAUCCACUCGGCGAAAUCGAAACUAUUGAUAUUGAUGUGAACAGAGAUAGGCAAAGCAGAUCAACAGGAUUUAUAGGAAGAGGCUCUGACAUUGCUUGGCUUCAGAGACUUGACGCUGAAGUCGGCGGUUUAGAACGUCCCGGUACCGAACAGCACGUCAAACAUAAUAAAGAAAGUCUCGCUUCUCUCAAUUACCACCUCGACAAUCUGGUUAUGGCGGAACCAACUUAUGGUGAUCUCUACGCAAUGCCACCAAAGCCUUGGGCUGAUCAACUGCUUCAAACUUACUUUUCUUCCAUUCACCCAACUUUCCCACUGCUACUCGAACCUUUGUUUUGCCAGCAGUAUGAGAAUGCCUUUCGCAGUCGCGUGUCGACCCCUCCGCAAAGCUGGCUCGUGAUCUUUAACCUAGUCCUCGCUAUUGGAGCUAAAAGUUUCCAGUUGCGCCAAGAGCAUUGGGACGAAAAUCUUGAUGAUCGUAUCUUAGUUUCAAGGGCCAUUGCACUCAAUGCAAAGCAUAAUUCCGUUCUUGAAUAUGUGGAAUUACAACAGGUUCAAGUAAGGACGCUUUUUGCACUCUAUUAUCUGGUUGCUGGCCAGAUUAACCGAUCAUGGCAAUUACUGGGCUUUACUGCCCGAUCUGCUAUAACAUUAGGGCUUAAUCUCCGAGUCAGUAAUAGACACUUGGAUCACGGCUCGAAAGCGUUCCGUUCCAGCCUAUGGUGGUCAAUCGUCAACCUGGAGCAGGUACUUUGUACUGCAACAGGUCGCACGUCUUGUAUUGACUGGCAUUGCUUCAGUAUCACUACUCGUGUAUCUUGCCAAGGGGACCAACUUCGUGGGUCGGAGGCUGCCGGCCAUCUUCAUAAAGCACAAGAGGAAGACCUCUUGUUCACAGUAUAUGCCAAUAACUUGCAGUUGCAGGAAAGGACGAAAUGUUUACAAUAUGUGCAGCCAAACGCUUCUUUAUUCUUCUUUUACUUAACUGACCUCGCUGUGAUUGGCCACGCGGCAAUUAGCUCAGUGUAUAGUCUACAAUCUCGAUCCGGCACGGCGAGCAAAAAUCAGCAUCAAAUCAUGAAGUACCAGCAGAAGCUGAAAGAAUGGCUAUCGUCUUUAAAGGAGGAUUGGGCCUUUACUGAUAGCCAUGGACACUACGCCAAAGGCGUGGAGUGUCUAGAGAAGAUAUCGCUCGCUUUCAGCUUCUACAGCAUCCAGAUCGUUCUUAAUCGUCCCUACCUUACCCGCCCCAGGUCACAAAAAAAACAGGAGUCAAGCGCCCUCGCUCUAGUUUCGAUGAUGACAAGGCACAUGCCUGUUUACAGUCUGCUCUUGAUUUGA